AUGGCCAGCGACGGCCUCGGGGUCAUCGCCCUGAUCUCGGGCGGCAAAGACAGCUUCUACAGCUUGCUGCACUGCAUCCAGCAUGGCCAUCGCAUCGUCGCCCUGGCCAACCUGUUCCCUGCCGCGGAGGGCGCUUCGUCACGAGUGCAGCUCAUCGCGCCAUCCUCAUCACCGUCUACCGCCACGCCUUCCGAGACAGACCUGAACAGUUUCAUGUACCAGACUGUGGGGCAUGAAAUCAUACCGCUCUACGCGGCCGCCACCGCGCUGCCCCUCUACCGUCUGGCGAUCUCGGGCAGCGCCGUGCACCAUGAGCGUGACUACGCCUGCGACGUGGACGGCGACGCAUCCGAUGAGGCAGAGUCCAUGACGACGCUGCUACGAGCGGUCAUGGAGCACCAUCCCGAGGCCAGGGCCGUCUCUGCUGGCGCCAUUCUAUCGACAUACCAGCGGACACGCGUCGAGUCGGUGGCCUUGCGGCUGGGCUUGACCCCCCUGGCGUACCUCUGGCAGUAUCCUGUGCUCCCGUCCCCCGUCAAGCCGGCCGACGACGCCCAGCUCCUCAAGGACAUGGCGGAAGCGGGCCUGGACGCCCGCAUCAUCAAGGUCGCCAGCGCUGGGCUGGUCGAGGACCACCUCUGGGAGCAGGUGUCCAGUGUGGACGGGGCUGAGGGCAUCAAGGGAGCAUUGCGGAAGUUUGGCGCGGCUGGUGGUGCCGUCCUCGGGGAAGGCGGCGAGUUCGAGACACUGGUGCUGAGCGGACCAUCCGCGCUGUUCAACAAGACCAUCCAUGUGCCUGAUGAGAGUCGGAGCAUCGUGCGUGAGGGAGCUGGCUCAACAUGGUUGCUGCUCAAGGACGCCCGUGUGGUUGACAAGUUUGCCGCUGCCGAUGAAUCUCCGCCUAGACGACCGGCUCUCUUGGAUCUGAAGUUUGAGAAUAUCCUAAGCUCGCUAGCCGCCGGAAACUCGAAUGUACAACACUCAUCGUCGGACGACUGCGGGAAGUCAUGGGAUGCGCUGCAGAAGGCGUCGUACAAGUUCACAGGAGGCGAUGGGCUAUUGCAAUGGGCAGUCACCAAGAGCGCGGCCAAGAGUCAAGAGAUGAGCAUCGAGGAGGAGACAGCGGACGUUGUCGAGCAGAUUGGCAAACUCUUAUCGCAGAACUCCCUGUCACCCGAGCACAUCUCCAACACGGUCAUCGUCCUCCGUCACAUGGUCGACUUUCCCAAGGUGAACGCACACUACGGCAAGCUUUUCCAGCGACCGAAUCCGCCUUCUCGAGUCACCAUCUCCUGCGGCGAGCUGCUCCCAGCAGGUUGCAGUAUUGCCAUACAUUUCACCGUGGAUACAAGGCCCGAAGAGGUUGCCUCGAGGCACGGCCUUCACGUGCAAUCGAGAUCGUACUGGGCGCCAGCCAACAUUGGGCCGUAUAGCCAGGCGAUUGGCAUUUUGGCAGGAGGCGUCCCUCUUCUGCGCACCUGGUCUGUCGCUGGCCAGAUCCCCUUGCUCCCUGCGUCGAUGGAGCUGCCGCCCUCGUCCCCCACAUCCCGACAGCUUCAAGUUGUCUUGUCACUACAGCACCUCUGGCGCAUCGGCACCGAGCUCAAGAUACAAUACUGGACCAGCGCUGUGGCAUAUUUUGCGCGCUGUGGCACGGAUGGGGACAUGGCUGGCAAUGCCAGGAUGGCAGGUACCGCUUGGCGGCUAGCCCAUGGCUCACCUGACGAAGAGGAUGAUGCCGAGGACGGGCCCGAUCCAUGGGACCUCAAGUACAAUCCGCAGUACAUGACGCUGGGGGAUGGGGCAGCGCAAUCAAGGCCCGUGCCCUUGCCCGACUGGGAGGCCCUUUUUCUCCGGCAGCAAAACGAGCCUGCUGGCGCCGUGCCUCCCGUCUUCUCGGUGGAAGUAGAGGAGCUCCCUCGACAGUCUUCCGUCGAGUGGCAUGCCCACGGCGGUCUAUCUGGCUUGACAUCAUCGAGUCUUGAGAUGCUCCAAGUGACCAGAGUCGGCGAAACCUCUUGGAAUGCGUGGCAUGCAGUGGUACGCAGCGCUGAGGGCGCCUUGCUACACACGGUCCUGGCUCGCCAGUUCGUUGGCGACGUCUCUGGUGACAUUGCGAGCACCACCGACGACAUGAGCGCGGCCUAUCGCGGUCUGUUGGGCACUCUUGGGCUUUCCACGGACUCGACCUCCUCCACGGUGCCCUACCUCGUGUACGCGAACGGAGGGGCUGCGACCUUGCCGGCGGCGUUUGCAGCACCGACAAUCCCCUGUCGAUCGAUUUGGUCAAGCACGGGGCACAGACUAGAGAUGGUUGGCUUGUACAGGGUCAAUCUCGGCGUGUGA